ACUCCGAAAUGCCCAAUGAGACGAUCUAAGCGGAGACAACUCACAGCCCUUGACUGCCGACACUUGGCCCAAAGCAGAGAAGGUUCAUUUUCUCUGACUCAGCCUUUAAGUCAAAGGUGGACAAGCAGAGAUCUGAACUGGAGACUCUGUCCUAAAUCCGAGAAAAGAAAUAGAGCACAGGGAUUUCCGAGACGAGUGACUGAUUUCUUUCCAGUUAGUCAACGAUCAUGCACCAGUGACAUGGCAGAAAGUGGCUCCAUUGAUGAAAAUAAUGCUGCUGCUGAUGAAAUGGCCUUUGCUUGUGCUUUGCCGCAAGAACAUGAAAGGGAAUCUAACUUAACUCCUUUGGGGUCUGUUGUGACUUCUAGAAAGCGAUGUCUUUCCUUUGACCAGGAAGGAAACCAAGUCACAGGAAGAGACCAUUGUGGUGGUGUGGCUAAGAAAAACCCCAAGGACCAAUCCACAGCUCCUGGGGAAAUGAAAUGGGAAAUGAAUUGUUUAUUCCAAGUCCCAUUAAAUCCUGGACAAAUUAAGCAAGAAGAUGAGGAAAAUGGUCCCGAACCUGACCUUUAUUAUGGGCUUCUUGGAAACUUGCCCUCUCAGGAGCCCCAGAGCCACAUCUGUAGUCUUCCCAGUGAAGUCCUGAGACACAUCUUUGGUUUCAUCCCUAUGGAUGAUCUCUAUAAGAGCCUGAGCCUAGUAUGCCAGCUUUGGAGAGAGAUUAUCAGUGAUCCCCUGUUUAUUCCUUGGAAAAAAUUGUACCAUCGUUACAUGAUGAAUGAGACACAAGCUGUCAGUGAAGUGGAAAAUAUUCUUUUGAACUAUGCCAUAUUAAAAGAGGAGAACCUGUGUGUGCUGAACCUGAUACGAUACACAGUUGGUACCAAAUAUGUUCAGCAUGUCAAUUUUGAGGAGGCGAGGUGUUGCCUGAAAGAUCAUCCCCUCUUUCCUCAGGCAGAGGCGUGCCUUUGUCAAAAGAUGCUUGAUUUGUAUAGUGCUCCUGGGGGGAUCAGUGUGUGGGCCUUAAUUGCAACGAUCAUACUUCUCUCCAACAGUAUGAGUGACAUUCAGAGGCUGAUAACCUGUUUCAAGAGGCCUGCUUCCCCGGUGACCAUAUUAGACGUCACGGAGACUCUGUACUGUAUGGCGGUACUGCUGCAUGCCAUGAGAGAGAAGGGGAUUAAGAUUAGUAACAGGAUUCAUUACAACAUCUCGUGUUGCUUAUACCUUCAAGAGAAUUCGAGAUUUCAGGCAAUUGGGGUCAAAGAAGAAACUCCCACUAUGCAAGGGAAGAAAGUGAUCAUUCAGUUAACACAUGAACAGAAAAAAAUCCUGAACCACGAGAUCAAACCUCUCCAAGUGAUGAAAAUUAUGGCUUUUGCAGGCACUGGAAAGACUUCAACCCUUGUCAAAUAUGCUGAGAAGUGGUCUGACAAGAAAUUUCUUUACGUGGCAUUCAACAAGAGUGUUGCAAAGCAGGCUGAAAACAUGUUCCCAAGCAAUGUUACCUGCAAAACUUUUCACUCCAUGGCCUUCAGAGACAAAGGGAGGCUGUACCAGAUAGAGAAGAAACUGAAUCCUUUCAAGCUUACACCCUUCAUGGUCAACUCUGUCCUUUCGGAAGGGAAAGCAGGGUUCACAAGGGCCAAAUUAGUUUGCAAGACUUUAGAAAACUACUUUGCCUCUGCUGAUGAAGAUUUAAAUAUUGAACAUGUGCCUAUUUGGUGGAAGAACAGUCAGGGACAGAAGGUCAUGGUAGAUCACAAUGAAAAGCAGAAUGGUGCAUAUGAAGCGGCCAGACUUUGGGAGAAAAUGAAAAAGUUGGAAGAAUGCAGAGAAGAAGCAUAUCACAUGACUCAUGAUGGCUAUUUGAAACUUUGGCAACUUAGUAAGCCUUCUUUUGGUGCAUAUGAUGCCAUCUUUGUGGAUGAGGCUCAGGACUGUACUCCAGCCAUCAUAGACAUUAUUCUAUCCCAGCCAUGUGGAAAAAUCUUUGUAGGGGACCCACACCAACAGAUCUACACCUUUCGGUAUGCUAUUAAUGCCCUUUUUGCAGUGCCACACACACAUCUCUUCUAUCUCACACAGAGUUUUAGGUUUGGUGCUGAAAUUGCUUAUGUGGGAGCCACUCUCUUGGAUGUUUGUAAGAAAGUCAGGAGGAAGACUUUGAUUGGAGGAAACCAAAAGAGUACCAUUAGAGGCAGUUCAGAAGGACAAAUUGCCUUGUUGUGCCGAACCAAUGCGAGUGUGUUUGAUGAAGCAGUACGGGUAACAGAAGGGAAAACUCCCUCAAGAAUAUAUUUGAUUGGGGGAACUAAAUCAUUUGGAUUGGACAGAUUCAUUGAUAUUUGGAUUCUUCUUCAGUCAGAUGAGGAGCAGCGCAAACAAAACCUUUCCAUCAAGGACCGGUUCAUUAGGAGGUGGAUACACAAAGAUGGCUAUGGGGGCUUAAAAAGAUAUGCUGUUGCUGCUGAAGAUAAGGAACUGAUGGCAAAGAUUGCAGUGGUUGAAAAAUACAAUGUCCGGAUCCCAGAACUGGUAAAAAGGAUUGAGAAGUGCCAUGUAAAUGAUAUAGCAUUUGCAGACUAUGUUUUGGGUACUGUUCACAAAGCCAAAGGCUUGGAGUUUGACACAGUCCAGAUUUUGGAUGAUUUUGUAAAAGUUCCUUGUGGCAGGCAUAGCCUUCCACAGAUUCCUCACUUCAGAAUUGAAUCAUUUCCUGAUGAGGAGUGGAAUUUGCUGUAUGUUGCAGUUACUCGUGCCAAGAAAUGCCUCAUCAUGACCAAGUCACUGGAAAACAUUUUAACUCUAGCUGGGGAGUACUACUUUCAAGCAGAGUUAACCAGAGAUGUCUUAAAAAGUGGAGAGGUACUUUGUUGUGUGAGGCAGUGCAAUAACAUUAUCCCUUCAGAGACUAUCCUCACCAUGAAGAAAGGUCCCGUCAUUUAUAGCGGCAGAAAAGAAGACAAAGGCGGGUACUUCUGCCAUGCUUGUGCCGAGCAGCGCGUUGGGCCCCUGGCCUUCCUGACUGCCUCCCCAGAGCUGAUUUUUUCCAUGGAGCGCACCUUUGAAGACCUGGAGCUGCCUAGACAUGAAGCUCAGCUUUUCAUUGUCUUUUGAAAACCAAGGUGGAGCUGCUCGUCAGUGUGGAACUCUGUCAUGAGUUUCCUGGAAAGAAGAAAUAAUGUGAGAGUUGGGGUGGGAAAGACCAGCUUCCCCCCUCCUCCUCCCCUUUCUUUCCUACCCCUCCUUCUUCCCCCCCUCCCCGAGAGUUUGCGGAUCUGUGGAAGGUCAACCUCAGUGUUACUGGCGGCCUCAGCUCCUGAAUCGGGAGGUUUCCAGUGACAGGACUGUUUUCUGUUUUUAUACAUAGUCUCAGGGGUUUGUUUGAUUCUUUUCAACCAGUUCUGUCUGGUACUAUUUGCCUUCAUCCAGUGGCCAAAGCCCGAUUACUUUAGGAUAUUUUCAUCCAUUUAUAGGACAGUUUCUUAAAACCUACUCCUGUUGAUGAUUUGGAUUCAUUUGAAAGCAUUCCUACCUGAUAAAGAUAUUGGGUUUCUGAAUUUGUUUUGUAUACUCAUUAAAACCUAAUAAUGUCUGUUGAUUUUGAGGAGUAUAGGCUUUCUGUGCUUAUAUUAUGUGAAGUUAAAUUUGUAUCCCAGCACAGACAAAAACAUAAUAGAGUAACGGGGCUGAGGCCCAGACCGGAACUUCAUGAAGUCCUUUAGCUUACUUGGCACAGGUAACUGGCUGCCAUUUAGGGCAGGAUAUGAGUUGAGAGUGAGGACUAAUGCCGAGUGCAAGCAAAAGCUACCUCCUUAUCCAGUGCCUCAUGUGCCAAGUACCCCCUGUGGAGGGAGCUAUAUCAGACACUGAUACUGACACUGGUUAAGGCUUGACCUGACCUAGCUGAUAUAUACAGCAGCUACUUAUGCCAUCUUUAAACACAUUUUAAAAACAUUUUUUAAAUAAUUUACCUUUGAUCAAAGUAUUUCUGUCACGAUUUAGAAAAUUAGAUCAGUUCUGGUUCUGUGCCUCCCUUGAGCAUAAUCCUGUCACCACAGAAGUACUCAUGGAGUGUAGAUCAAGUGUGCCAGCCCACUCUGGGGGAAAACUUUCAUUGCCCCUUUCCCCACCCCUUGGCUAGAGGACCUUCUGGGAAAGAGCACAAGGAAAUGUUCCUCAGCCACCUGCUGUGUGUGCUAUAUAGGUCACCCAGAAGCAGCAGUCCUCUUAGAAAGGUGAGUACUUAAAAUGGAAACUCCUCUCUUCCCAGCCUUUACAUUCUUGAUGAGCUGGGGGAUCUUGGCUGAGGCAGCCCAUCAUAGGCCCUUUUUGCCAGCAGCCCUGUCAUCCAAGUAUGAGGUCAGAAUAUACAGCAAAAAAUGGGUAAAGAGAUUGGAAAUGAUUCAACCUGAUAUAAAAUCAGCAUCUUUAUGUGACAGACAUUGAUGUCAGGAAGUAAUGGAGUAAUAGUAAUGUCCCCUACUCCCAACUCUCCAGACUUUUAUCAGGAAGAUCAAGAACCAUCAAGCUUGGGUAAUGUUCUUGCAUAAACCCAGAAGAGUAAGCAAGGACUAAGCAUUACAAAGUAUGUGUAGGUCUAAUUUAGCAGCUGAAGUUUAUCACCUCGAGUCAUUAUAGUAAUUGUUCAAAAUCUAGUGAUUAUUCCCUAGUAGAAGGAAUACUAAGUCACUCAGCUAAUAUAUUUCAGGCUCUGUUUUUUAAUGGCUAAAGGGGCCUUUUAAUCUGAACAAGAUUUGCUGGAAAAAAAAGGAUUUGGAUUUAUCACCCAGCCAAAGUGAUCAGGCUGGCCAAAGGAUCCAUAGCAUUUCUCUGUGCUUUUGUCACUUUAAAGCUUCAGCAGGGCUCUGAAAGUUGGUGAGAUUUGUCAUCCAGGUUUUAUCCUUAAUGAUAACCUGUUAAGUUAGCAUAACCAAUUAUUUUAAUAUCUGCCAGAGCUGUGUCAAAAAACAGAGGACUUUGAUAAGUGAUGGUAAUUAUUAUUAAGCACCUACUUUGCAAAACAUUCUGCUAGGUUGGUACUAGGAACAUGAAGACAAACACAACAAUUCCUUAGUCUCAAGGUGCUUAUAUUCUAAGAGAAAACAUAUGACUAAAUAUGUUUAGUAUAAGGAAAAUUGAAAAAAAGUAUUUAUUAAAUUUUAUCCUUAAUAAGAUGGAGAGAAGCAAUGAAAGGAGGAACUAAGUAACAUCUCAAAAGAUGAAACAGAUUAUAUUUUAGCAGAUAAAACAAGUGUGAUGUGGAUAUUGUUGUUGACUCCAUUAUAUGUGUACACUUGAACAAAGAUGAGAAUUUUUAAAAGCAAGAAUAAUGAGAAAAAAGAUUUGCUUUGGAAUCAAAAUGGGCCAUCCUUGACUUAAGCAAGUAAUUGGCAAUGAAAAAUGGGAAAUGCAGAACAAAUCAGACAUGUAUUUUGAUAAUUUUAUAGAGAAGUCUAAUCAAUAUAAAUCUAUAUCCACAAAACCAAAAAUUCUGAGAGAGUCUUUGGAAGCAAACACUUGACUUUUGUCAAGUGGAAAGAUGAUAGGCAGAGGUUUUGAAUAUAAACUUAUUUAUAAAAUUUCAUGGAGAAAGGAUGAUGGAGAAGUAUAAGCAACAUCUCAUAAACCAGAGAGAAUCAUUAGAAAAUAUAAGUUCAACAGGAGAUCAGUUAAGUAUAAGUCAUUCCAAGGGUAUUUAAGUAUAAAAAGCUAAAAAAAAACAAGAAGUACAAGAAAAAUGAUAAGCUUAUUAUAAUAAACUACACUUUGACCCAAUCAUCACAGUCCUGUGCUAGGAAGAUGGAAAUGGAAGAAAACUUUCCCAUCUUGGAACAGCUAGUUUGGGCUAAUAUUAGAGCUAAGAUAAUUAUGAGGAUUAUAAAAGAUUUUUAUAUGUAUACACACACACACACACACACACACACACACACACACACACACUAUUUAAAGAAGUGGAAGAUAGAAUAAAUGCAGGGAAAAAAACCCAAAUUUAAACCUCACCAAUAAUGAGAAAAUGCAACUAAAGACACAUCAACUAUUGACCAGGCUGCCUACUCUCAUAUACAAAAUCUUUGUGAGAAGAAUCAUUUAUACAUGAAUCAAGGUUUUCCUUAAUGAAGGUAUUAGUAGGGAACAAACAGCCUUUUUGGAGCUUCCAUAUACAUAUUCACAGCACUUUUUUUUGUGAUAGUAAAGAACUGGCAACAAAAAUAGGUACCCAUUAUUUGGGGGAAAUGAUUAAACAAAUUGUGGUUCAUGAAUGUAAAAGAAUAAAAAGCAAAAUGAAAAGUC